CUCCAAGAAAAACACAUCCCCUGCUCCCUAUAAAUAAUAACCUUCCCACUUCAAUUCUUCUUCACAAUCCACAUUCCAUCGCAUUCUAUCUGUUCUUUCUCACUCACAUAUCAUCAGAUUUCCAUUUUUUUUUCAGUGAGUGAGAGAGAUAAAAUGGCAGGAGGACGUCCGUACACUGCUCUGCUUUUGGUCCUAUCGUUGAUUCUCUUGAUCGCAUUCGCCGAUUUUGCUGAGGGAUACAAGAAGCUUCGUCCUAGAGAUUGUAAACCCAAAUGUACAUAUCGAUGCUCUGCAACAUCACACAAGAAGCCAUGCAUGUUCUUCUGUCAAAAGUGUUGUGCGAAAUGCUUGUGUGUACCAAAAGGUGUUUAUGGCAACAAACAGGCAUGUGCUUGCUACAACAACUGGAAGACUAAGGAAGGCAAACCCAAGUGUCCUUGAUUUUUAUGUUUCAAAGAUCGGAGGGGUUUCAUUGACAAUUUUAUAAGUCAAAGGGUCUAACUGUUUCUUUCACCAGUUUAUGUUUGUUUUGUUGAUUCGAAUAAGGGAAGUGUACGGAUAAGCGAGGGGUAUUUUAGUCAAAGUGUUGUCCGUGGGGUCUUGCCUCUUUUAUGCUAAGCUAAACUAGGAUAUCAUGUCAACUUAUCAAGUUGUAAUUGUGUUUUUGUCUUUAUGUAUUUAGAGCAUUUAUGAUGAUGUAUCGUGAAG